ACCAUAAUAAUGUUUCUAAAACUUGUAAAGUAAUAACAGUCAUAAUAGGGGGAUAUUAUAACUAUAAAUUACAUUUUAAUUAUUACUCCUGUUGUGGUCCCUUACUGAAUCACAAUAACUAGAGUUUAAACUAGAUUUAAUGAGAGUUUUGAUGUAACCGACCCCCCUCCAUAUUUGGUAAUGACCUGCAGCGCCUGUAUGAGCCCGCCAACAACAGCUCAAAAGUGAUGUGAAGCAGUAAGGUAUUUGUUUCUGCUCUUGCUUCUUAGACUGAACGUUUUGUCUACUUUCUUCUGCUACAUUUAAAUUUCUAAUAGAGGUUUACGAACGUGUGUUGUAGUGCUAGCAUGACUUGAUUUUGCCGUGAGUGAAGAUUUUCAUUAGGCUAAGAAUAGACUGUCUGCAUUCAGCUAGCUGCCCUGUUUUUUCUUUUUGGCGGUUUAACAUGGCCUGUUGGAGGUGUAUGAUUUGCUUUGUUUUUGUUGCCUUAACAUUGAAGUCUCUCUUAAGCCAUAUUAACAAAACACAUAGCCGCAGUCCAAACUUCCGAGUCAUAUGCGGAAUAGAUGGUUGUACAGAGGAAUACAGAGUCUUUAACUCUUUUUACUACCAUAUCAGACGCACUCAUGCUCUGUAUCUUGCGACUGGGAACCCUCCUACCCAGUGGAUGACAGCAGCAUCAUCUGACUUAUCACAUGCUGCAGGUGAACAUUUUGAUAUACCAGUUUUUUCUGACUGUGCCACUAAAACACAAGGAAUGCAAAGGACCGACAGUGAGGUCAACAUACCUGUCAUUCCAAAUGAAAUGUCAAGUCCGGAGCUUGAGGAUUUCCAGACUCCAAAUACUGAUAAUCAGGAAGGAGCUGCUACAGCAAGUGAAAAUCUCGUCAGAUGUGCAGCUGCAUUUACCAUCAGUGUCCGGGAAAGAUGUCACCUAUCCCAGAGGGGUGUCAACAGUAUUGUCUCUGGAGUCCAGCAGUAUCAAACUGCUCUUCUCAGUACCAUGAAGGACACCAUGAAGUCGCUCUUUCAAAGACAUUCAGACAAUAUGGAGCAGCUACAAGAGGCAGUAUUGGCAGAACUGGAAAAUUUUCAAGAUCCUUUCUCCAUGAUGGCUUCCACAUACAUUCAGGACAGCACAAUCCAGAGGCUUUUUAACCCAGUCAUACCAGAGGAGGUAGUUAUGUCUCAAAAGGUUUGCAGAGUUAACAAAGGACAGUCAAGAGUAAUUGCCAUCAAAAACAGAAGUUUUUACUAUAUACCCCUUAUUAGGAGCCUUGAACAGUUGUUGUCCAAUUCCAGGAUUUUUGCCAUGAUCAACACCGCACCUCAGAGUUGCCACAAAGAUGGGUUUUUGUAUGACAUUAUUGAUGGGAGCAUUUAUAAAUCCCAUCCACUGUUUUCAAAAGAACCUUCUGCUUUACAGAUAAUUUUGUAUGCUGAUGAAAUAGAGAUAUGCAAUCCUCUUGGGUCACAUGCUUCAGUAAAUAAAUUAUUCAUGUUUUAUUAUACUUUAGGAAACAUAGACCCCAAGUUUAGGUCAAAGCUUGCUGCAAUCAGACUCCUUGCUAUAGCAAAAGCUGAUGAUAUUGACAAAUGUGGUGUUGAUUUUGUAUUACAAAGGAUUAAUGAAGACUUAAAGUUGCUCUAUAAUGGUGUCAAAAUCCAAACACAGAGUGGUAGCAUGGAUUUAUUUGGUGCUGUAGUUUCGGUCUGUGGUGACACACUUGCCCAACAUGAGCUUGCUGGUUUCAAGGAAGGAGUUGGUUUUGCAUAUAGUAAGUGUAGGCAUUGUGAAUGUACCUUUGAUGAAAUGCAAAUUAAUUUUAAUGAACUAAGUUUUACUAAAAGGACAAUGAAAAAACAUAUUAAGCAGUGCUGUGAAAUAGAAAAGGCUUGCACAGACUUCUUGAAAUCAUCUCUCAAAACCACCUAUGGUAUAAACAGAAGAAGCAAGCUGAUUGAUUUCCCAGCCUUUGACCUCAUUCAACAAACACCACAGGAUAUAAUGCACAUCAUUCUUGAGGGUGUUGCACCCAUGGAAAUUAAGUGUGUGCUAAAACACCUUGUUCUCUCUGGACAGAUGGAGUUGGAUGUGUUCAAUUCUGCCAUGCAGAGUUUUCCUUUGUCACCAGUAGACAUACGUGACAAACCCUGCCCUAUCAGUGUCACUACCUUGGCAUCUAAUGACAAUAAACUGAAACAGUCCUCGGGGCAAAUGCUGAUACUGUUGAAGAUCAUGCCUUUUCUGCUCAACAGUAUAGAGAAAAAUGAAUAUGUUCAGUUUGUUUUGGACUUAAUUAAGAUUGUUCAGAUACUCUUUGCCCCUAUUUUAUCUGUACAAAGUGUGUUCAGACUGAAGAAUAUGAUUGAACAGCAUUUGAAACAGUUUAAGAAACUUUUUCCUGAGAAUAAUAUAAUACCUAAGCAACAUUACCUGUUGCAUCUCCCUGCUCAGAUUCUUCAUCUGGGGCCUGUGAUAAGGCACAUGUGUAUGAGAUUCGAAUCAAAGCACUGUUUUUUUAAACAAUGGGCAUCUAAAUUGAACUUCAGAAAUGUCUGUAAGUCACUUGUGAACCAUAAUCAGCUUUCUGAAUGCUGUCAAAAUGAAUUGGGCACUGAGCAUCCAAUAUUUGUACAUGAGAAGGAAUUGGGUCCUGUCUCUGAAGUGAAAAAUCCUGAGUAUAUUGCAGCAAAGAUAAGAGAUUUUUUGGGGAUAGGUGGCAUACAACAUGGAGUCAAAGUAAAAUGGCUUAUUCUCAAUGGGAACAAGUACAUAAGUGAAAAGUCUCUAAUAAUCACCAGUGUGAGUGACACAGUUCCUGUUUUUGGACUUAUUAAAAACAUUUUUGUGGUAGACAGUUCAUUAUACUGUUUUGAAUACCAGCUUUAUGAGACUGUGGGCUUUAAUACAGAUUUUUUAGCAUAUAAAAUUGUAGUUCCUAAUCUCGCCCAAGCAACAGAGUUUAUAGAUGCUGAAAAGCUAGUUGAUCCUACAUCAUAUUAUCCAGUCAGUUUCAAAUGCAGUAUGUAUGUUCUGACAAAAUAUAACCUUGAUGAUGUCAUUGCACUUAAAAGUUGAAAUGAAACAGGGGAAGAUGUGCUGUGAUUUAUUGCCUAUGUUGUGGCUGUGGAUUCGUACUACAUAAAAUGUUACACUGCAGCUUUGUAAAUAUUGUAAAUAAAUGUGUUAAUGAUGGGCCAACAAAAGCCUAAGCGACUUAUUACUGAGAGGCCUUAAAAUAAGCUUUCGCAUCUAAAAAUGGUUGUGAAAUAUACAAUGUGACCUCAAACAGUGUCUCAGUGAUAUAAUUUAGCCUAAAAUGCAUGUAAAGUAACUAGUUUAAGGAUUUAGUAACUAAGUAAGAAAUAAAAGUAAUAUAUUCUAAAAACAAGUUUUAUAAUCUUACACAUUCAGCUCCUGCUUAGUAUAUCAC